AUGCAGGAGGGGCGUGAGGGGCGCGAGAAACUUGAGAAGUUGCUCCGGGGCCUGCGACCAGCCCAGUGGAAAAAAACCACGAUUUUCGGGAAGGAGGUGGACGUGCUACGCGCAGCUGCCACCUUCUCGGACAAGCUGGUCACCUGGCAGUGCAAUCCUCAUGAGGCCAAGACGUUCGAUCAGAUGGCCUGCGACCCGCGGCGCGGCAUCCUGAUUCAAAGAACCAGCCACUGGGCCGGAGAGAUUGGUGGAACUGAUGUUAGGUCAUGGAUGACCACGUUUGCGUGGAACUGCAAAGCGGAAGUGGGUUACGGCUACGAAACUCUAUGCUUCCGGGCGGACGAGGAAAGGCCUUUUCAUGGUAGCGUGGAGCCUGUGCUGGGAACUGAGAAAAACAACCCAAUAAGUGAAAGGGGACCCAGCGGAGUUCCAAAGUUCCCAGCCAGGACGGCUGAGGAAGGAUCGCCCGUGGACAAGGCAAGGGCGCUGAGGCUGGACAUACGUGAGUCCCAGCUGAAAGACCUCAAGGCCAGACUACAGCCUUUAGAGGAGGACCGCCUUAGGAGACAGACAGAGAGGAUGGAAAGAGCGAAGAACGCAAAGAACCCAGAACGGGACAGGAGACAAGAAAACCCGAGCAAAGAGAGGGCAGGAAACUCAGCUGAACAAGGCCUGAGAAAGGUUGUGAGGGAACCAGGAGAAAGGAAGAGGAUAAGAGUGCGGGACGCACUAGGGUUCCGAGAGAGGACUGCCGGGACCGAUCUAGGAGAUCAGAAAGGGGGACCAGGAGCGCAGGACGCGCCGAAGUACCCGUUAAGGAGGAACAGAGAAGCAGGUCAAGGAGAUCUGAGAGAGAAAAGGAAAGGACAGAAGGUAGACUACGAGCGAGACUCCGAGAGAGAACCAUCCCAACAGUGGGACGAGGUCCAAGAAGAGGAAGAAGGAGCGGACAACUGGUCGCGGUUAGAAGACACCCCACGAUACUACCAGGAGGGACCGAUCACCGAGAGAGUGGCGAGACCCAUCGCCCAACCCGAAAACAGGGAACAAGAGCAUGCAACUUGGCAAGCUUUUGACUUUGCCCUGAGAGCCUACCUUGUGGCUUUGGACGAAGGAUUGCAAAAUGAUUUUGGGGUACUAAGGCAAAAUCCGGAGACUUCGGUGAAGAUGGAUGAAAUGGAAGAUGGAAUUAAGAAGCGAGGGACCAUCUUGUACGCAGUACUCACGAGCCUAGUACAAGGCCGACCACAGAAAAUCCUGAAAUCCAUCCAACAAGGAAAUGGGUUUGAGUGCUAUCGUGUGCUAGCUGCUCAGGCUACGCCACAGCUCAGAACACGAGCACUUGCGCUUUUGCAAAGCAUCCCCCAGGACACGUUCAGCAGAACUGCGGCGCUGACAGAAAAUCUCCAACGUCUGGACGGUUUGGUGAAAGAGUACGAAGGAACCAGUGGUGGCAAGGAAGUAGGAGAUGACAUCUUGGUUGGAGUGCUUCUCAAGAACGCGCCUGCACAAAUGCGAAGCUGGCUACUGGGUCACUUAAAGGAGGACACUCCGUACAGCCAGGUCAGGGAAGCGGUUCGGAGUUCGGACCUGCAGACCUACAAGUGGGCUGAUAGCAUCAGCUAUUACCAAAAGCACCACGAAAGAACAUCUACUGAUGUUGUUCCUAUGGAAGUGGACCGUAUGGAGAAAGGCAAGUUCCCGAAGAACGGAUGGACGCCUGGGAGAGAUGCUAAUGGAAAUUUGCAUUUGAAGCACGGCCGGGACGGUUACCAAAUCCCCAUCCACUACUCGGGAAACAGCUUAGCUGUGAAAGUGGAGGUUCGGCGAGUCGACCAGCAGUAUGUGCGCGAGAUUUGCUUGGUACCGAAAGCCAACAAGAUCAUUGAGGGCCCGACGCAAACCCUCACGAUGUUGCACCUGGUACCGAUGACGGAGCAGGAAGUCAUUGCACGGGUGGGAAAGCCAGCCAGGAAAGAAAAUGUACAGGAAGAGGACUUGGGAUCGGAAAGGCCCCAUGAUGCAGUGCUGGUACAGCCGGCGGAACCGGAACAGCAGCUUGUACGAGCUCCAUCGGAAUUCGAGGCGAUUACCUAUGGAGAGAAUGUGCUCACCGCAGAGUCAUCGCUGCGAGUGAUGAGAAGGGCAUGUCAGUUCUACGGACUUCCCGAAACCGGAAGCAAGAAGGAAUGUUGGGAAAGGUUGACUCGAUUUCUUGCAAAUGCAGAACUUGAUGCAGCUCUGGAGGACGUGAACCCACAGGAGAAGGAGCAGCAUGAACUCACUCAUCUGCCCAAGGCUCCAUGGUGUGACACCCACAAAAGAGCAAGUCUCAAGGACAUUGAUGACCGGACGAUGGUGCAUAUAGACUUCGGGUACAUCACGGGUGAACCCCAGAGUGGUGACGAGAACGCACCCAGCACCACGUUCUUGUGUGCGUUGAAAGCCAAACAAGGUGGGUGGUGGCAAUCCCAGUUCCAAGCAAGGACGAAAUACGUGGUCCAGCAGUUGGUGAAUGCCACGGCAGGAUAUGGAGACAUCAACCUGCUGAUUCGCACAGAUCAGGAACCAGCAUCGCAACACAUAGCCAAAACAUGGCAAUCUUCAAGAGCUGCGAUGAAACUCAAGUCGCACAUCCAACUUGUUGCAGUGGGACAGCAUCAAGGACUGCUGUCAGAAAGGUGCGUCCAGACGGUACGUCGACAGACUUUGUGUCUCAUGCAUGAACCGGAAGCCAGAACUGGAGUUACCGUGUCUCCAAGUUCAAUACUGUGCACCUGGGCCUUGCGGCAUGCAGGAUUUGAGCGGCGUUACGCCGGCAAGUUGGUGCCAUCUGGGACCACAGUUUUUGCGAGAACCCUGCCGGGAAAACCAAAAGGUAUUGCCCAGUUCGAGAAAGCGAUCUUUUUGGGCAAAAACGAGGCAUCAGAUUCAUUUUUGGUGGGUACCAUUUCUGGCACGCGUGUGGCUCGAACUGUGCGCAGGAGUGUCACGCCAUACCAAACCGAAAAUUUGAUGAAGGCCAAAGGGGUACCAUGGAAUUUCCAACAAAAAUCAAUCGGAGUGAAACUGAGAUGUCAAAAGUCAAUGCCUAUGCUUGGCACAGUGCCCUUCGUAGACGAAGACGCUGAAACAGUCAAAAAAACUGGCCAGGAACAAAUCAGCAGUGAGGCCGCCAGCCCGAACCGGCCAGAUGCACAACAUUGCAUCCGUGAACUGGCAAGUCACCUGGUCAGACCAACAGAGAGCCAGUACCGACAGCUGGAACACCUUACGUGCUACCUGAAGGGAUCAGCUGGAUACGCUGUCAGGCUUCCAAAGACCACACGUGGACAAAGGGUGCGGAAACCCAAUUUAGAAGAAAAUCAGCAGCCAGAGGAACAUCUGCUAGAGAUCUUCACUGACUCCGAUUGGGGUGGCAACAAAACAACACGCAAGAGUGUCUCGGUGGCACACUUGUACUGGAACGGUACAUUGAUCCACACGUUGACAAAAACCCAAAAGGCGGUCGCACUGUCUUCCCGUGAAUCUGAAUAUGUAGCAAUGACCACCGGAGCAUCAGAGGGUGUGUUCCUGAACAAUUGCAUCGAAUUUCUCACAGGAAAACGCUGUCGAAUCGUGUUGAGGUGUGAUUCGGAGUGGGCCGAGUCCGCCACAUAUCCUGCGGAUUGUUAUGGCCGCAAGAUCUGGUGCAGCAAGGAGACUUGGAAGCUGCAGGAACAAUCAGCCAUUGCGGAGGAACAUCUGCAACAGCUGAGGAGUGAGGUACGUACACUGCGUGUAGCCAUCCAAAGGCUAACCCGCGAAAACCCAGGAUCCGUCAUGGUAGUCCAACUUGAUGUACCGGGACUACGUGAAAACAUCAUCAGACAAGCACAAGAGAGAAGGAUUGAACGCUCAGAUCAAGAAAGAUCUGAGGAAGAAAUCAAUGAACCUAGCGACCAAGGUUCAAACUGGGAUCCUGAGGAAGAGGCGUUUGGAGACAACGCCCAGGGUGGAUGCAAGAGUACCGAAGCAUCCAGGCAUAUGAAAGGGACCAUGGCCCACUGGUCAGUCCCACAAGCUCUCCAGUGGCAGCACUUCGGAACGAGGAAGAAGAGGCCACUGAGAACUCAAGAGAGCUUCAACCGGAAGAAGAACCAAUGA